AUGGUUACUCCUAUUACCGCUGUUGUUGAAAGCUGUGCAGUUGAAAAGUUAGAAGUACGUAUGGCCAUUGUGGGUACCAUGAAGGCUGGUAAAUCAACAAUAUUAAAUGCAAUUAUGGGUUAUGAGUUACUACCAUCGAGAAAUACAGCUAUGACAACGUUGCCGACAGAAAUGUCAUUCAGUCGGCAUACUGAACAGCCACAGUUAAUAUUAAAAUCAGAACUAAUAACUACCAUAAAUAAUAUUGGCAGAGAGUUGAAAUUAAAAAGUAACGAACGUAACUUAGAAAACCGGUUGCGGAACGACGAAGAUUUAAUUAAAAUGAUGAAUAAUUUAUCUACGAAUGAACUAAUGACUUUAGAAGCAACAACAUAUGGAAAUUUAAAAAUCGUGGAUAGUCUAAAAUAUAUUAAUGAUGUAGUGCGUAUAUCAAUUAUGCUAAAUAUAGAAAACACAAUCAAUUCUACGUGGAUCCCUCGUCUUAGGGGUGGCGCUUUACCGUUUCUUUACAGUAAAGAAAAUGCGCCACCCCUACCUCGUCUAAAAGUGCCACUACCUCAUUCAUUUUCGAUUCCAAAAGGUGAAUUGAUAAUUAUUGAUACAUCAGGACCGAAUGAUAGCAAUUUAUCCGCUCACUUAAGACAAAUUGUUAUUUCACAACUGCAAAGAGCCACACUAAUAUUAGUUGCAGUUAAAUUCAUUGGAUCAGAUUCCACCGAUGAAGCAAAACUCCAGGAAGAUAUCGAAACUAUACGUGAAUAUAGAGACACUGAUGGUUCGUCGUAUCUAUAUGCAUUAGUUAAUAAAAUUGAUCAGCGUAUAGAAGGUAAACAAAAUUCAAUUGAACAGACGAAGGCAGCAGUGGCAACGAAGUAUAAAAUACCGCUGGCUAAUGUGUGUGGAAAGAAGUGGCACGAAAUGGUUUGUGCGCCAUAUUCGAUCACGUUCCGGUUUCGAUCCUGA